AUGGCGGCCGUCUCAGCACCCACUCCUAAGCUGGAUCGCUACGUUGUCAUCCACGUUGCAACCACCUGUGACGAGCAUGGCGUGUAUGUCACCAAGGAUUCGGCCGAGGUGAUCGAAUUGGGAUGGAUCUUGCUGGACAGCAAGACCUGUGAGGAGCUGCACCGCGAAAGCGUCCUGGUCAAGCCCGUGAACACGCCCAUCACCCCGCUUUGCACAAGCUUGACCACCCUCACAUGGGAGCACGUCCGCUCCGCAGGAACCUUCCGUGAUGCCAUCUCCCGAUUCGAUACCUUCGCCACCGAACACCUUACCAGCAAACAACUCGAGUUUGCGUUUGUGACGUUGGAUUCGUGGGAUCUGCGCGUGCAGCUGCCCCGCGAGGCCCGUGACAAGGCCGUCGUGCUGCCCGCAUACUUGCAGCACUCCCGUACCUUUGACCUGCGCACCGAAUAUCAACGCUGGCAAACCCACCACCCCGAGUCGCUGCCCUUCGGUCCUAGCUCUCUCUCCAACAUCUGCGCUGCCCUCGAGGUCGAGCCCGUCCAGUCCUCUGCCCCCAUCAAGCACAAUCUGCCCUUCCACUUGCAAGCACUGGCCCCCGCCUCGCCGCGCCGUGCGAUGGAGGAGUCCAUCACCCUCGCCCGCGUUCUCCGCGGCUUGAUCCGCAAGUCUCAGCCGCCGCAGGACCACCCUGAGAUCCUCACCCGCCCCAUGGAUGCCCACGCCGACGUCCGGGCGUUCCUGGCAGAGCGGAGCAAGGUGCUGCAUCUCAGUGGCCUGCCCCACGACACGACCCAGUCCGAAUUGGAGAGCUGGUUCACCCAGUUCGGCGGCCGUCCGAUUGCCUUCUGGACCCUCCGAACCCCCGAUCAGCACAAGCCCACCGGUACCGGCUUCGCUGUCUUCUCGUCGCACGAGGAGGCCGCCGAGAGCCUGUGCAUGAAUGGCCGGGCCCUGAAUGAGAAAGCCAUCGAAGUUUCUCCUUCCUCCAGCCGCGUCUUGGACCGUGCUGCUGAGAUCCUCACGCCCUUCCCUCCCUCUAAGAACCGUCCUCGUCCUGGUGAUUGGACUUGCCCCUCUUGCGGCUUCUCCAACUUCCAGCGCCGUACCGCUUGCUUCCGUUGCUCAUUCCCUGCCAUGGCUGCUGCUCCGGACCCAAUGGGCUACGGCUACGGCUACGGCCCGCCUAACAUGAUACCUCCUCACAUGGGUCAUGGCCACGGAAUGGGUGGUCACUCUCGUGGUAUGGGCGGUAACGGUGGUGUUGUUCCAUUCCGGGCCGGUGACUGGAAGUGUGGCUCUGAAGGCUGCGGUUAUCACAACUUUGCUAAGAAUAUCAAUUGUCUCCGCUGUGGUGCUCCUCGCUCGGGUGCUGCCGUCGUGGCGGACUCCGCGUUCCCCUCCCCCAUGGACCCUCCCUCGGGAUUCGGUAUGGGCCCUAAUUCGAUGGCGAGCACGCCCGCCCCGGGUCCCUUCGCCUCGACCGCCGGUGGGUUCGGCGGAUUCAGCCAGCAGUUCGGUGGCCCGCCCAACAACUAUGCCCUCCCUAGCGGUGGCCUAGGCAAUGCUGCCGGCGCCUACCCGCCCAUGGGCCAGGUGAACUCCGGCUACGGUUCUUCGUCCACCUCCCACUCGGCUGCCUCCUUCGCCAACCCGGCUACUCAGGCGGCUUUUACCGGAGCUGACCAUGGCGUGCCCUCAACCAGCGCCUCUAACGGUGCUUUUUACGGCUCCGAGGGUGCCAGCGACCCAUUUGCUUUCUUGUCGACCGGUCUCGGUGGCCUAACCGUUGCUGAUGAUGCUCAUUCCCGUCGCAACGGUGCUGGUGCCAACAAGUCCCCUGCGUAA